UUAAUCUAGGCGCCCCCUUCAGAACCCUCAGUGUGCGCUGUGUGCGCCUUUUCGUGCCAUGGGCAAGCGGAAGUGGCAUGGAAGAGGCAAAAGCAAAGGAGGUGGCAAGGGGAAGAAGAAGGCCCGGAACAAGGACUCCUCAGAAAAAAGUAAAGCAAAGCGACCUCUGGGACCUAUGCCCCAGUCUGCAGUGCUGGUCACCAGCCACACCCCAAGCCAAUGUCAAAAGGCGACUCGUGAAGCCAUCCGCCUCCUCGAGCGCCUCGACGAGCUCCACAGCUUGAGCUCCACAGCUCCGGCUGAGGUCCCGGAGCUGUCGGUGGGAAAAGCGCUGGAGGAGGAAUUGGCAGCGUUGAAGGAGCCCAAAGACCAGCGGCCUUUCCGCUUCUACUGUGAGGUGAGCCGCGGCGUGGCCCUCUUGAGCGCCGCCACGAAGCCUUCCGCCUUGGUCUCGAAGCUCUUCGCGCGUCAGGUCUCCAGAACCACUGGAACGCCCGUGCGCUUCGUGGUGCGUAUGGCUCCUCUGGACGUGGUCUGUUCACCACACCUCAAAAAUUUCCAGGCCGCUGCAGAAGCGGAGCUUCCGAAGCUGCUGGAGGGCGCCCGAGAAGGUGCUGGAUGGUACUGCUCCUUCCACAGCCGGGCCAUGGGCACCAUCAAGCGCGAGGACGCCAUGCAGGUCUUAAAGCAGGUGGGUGCAUGCGAAAGAACGGUUUCCAACCGGUGGUGGGACAUCCGGAUCACAUUGAAGGUGACUUCUUUUUUUGUAAUCAUGUGGAAGAAUGUGGAGCAUGGGUCGAAAGAUGCCAAACAGAUACACUGAUACACCACAACCAAGCGAGGCAGCCAUGUUUUCAUACAUAAAUGUUGCGUGAUGAGGUUGGACAAAUGGAGGGCCCUUCAAGCUUCUGAAGGUCUCCGACAUCAUUUUGAUAAAACUGCGAUCCACUGCCAUGUGUAUGAUAUCAAUAGCAGCUAGAUGCUGCUGGACCCUUCUUAGAUGGGAACCUCAACCGGAGCUGGACGAAUCUGCAGGGAAGGGGAAUGCAUCUGCAGAGCGCCCCAUCUUGUGCAACCAGGGAUCAUGUGGAUUCAGUGCCAAUAGUGAUAUUUGAUGGAAGGAAACACGUUUCCAAUGGCCCCAAGAUGUCUCUCUUACCAAAGGUCGUCCCUAUAGCCGUGGUUUAGAGACGCAAGAACCGAGCUUUUCUGCGGUGUUUUCCCAACUGCGCUUGCGCCUUCUCUUUUUGGUGGAGAAGGCUGUCAGACAAUGUCCAAAUCAUCUCUGGCGUGACUGGCAGACUCGCUGACCUGACGCUUCUUGGGGAGAGGCAUCCAGAGGACGCAGCAGACUCCGGGCGGUUGAGACGCCGGCGCUUGAGGUGAUGGCUCCCCUGAAGUUGGAGCUGUCGGUGUCCGAGGCGGAGUAUAUGAUCCUCAUAGAGGUGAAUCCAAUCCUUUGCGGCUUUGCGGUGCUGAAGGAUUAUGAAGGACAGCUUCAUGAGUGUCACUUGCAGAACGCUUCGGAAGCCUUCGAACACGACGCCGCCAGCGAGCCCCUGUCGGACGACGAGGGCUCCGAGAGUGAAGCGCCCGACGAGCCCGACGAGCCUGCCCGGGCUGAGGAGACCCAUGAGGCUGAGUAGCAA